GCGGCCGCAGUCGCAGGAAUAUGCUGGAAGCCGGCGGGCGGACGCCCGGGAGGGGCUGAAGGGACAGUUCCCGCCGCCAAACUUGCCCCGCGGCGGCAGGACGGGGGGGGCGGGCCCCGAGCCGCAGGGGCACGUGAGCGAUGGAGACCAUUUGGAUCUACCAGUUCCGCCUCAUCGUAAUCGGGGACUCCACGGUGGGCAAGUCGUGCCUCCUGCACCGCUUCACCCAGGGCCGCUUCCCCGGGCUGCGCUCCCCCGCCUGCGACCCCACGGUCGGCGUGGACUUCUUCUCCCGCCUGCUGGAGAUCGAGCCGGGCAAGCGGAUCAAGCUGCAGCUGUGGGACACGGCGGGGCAGGAGCGCUUCAGAUCAAUAACUCGAUCUUACUACCGCAACUCAGUUGGUGGAUUUUUAGUGUUUGACAUCACCAACCGACGAUCUUUCGAACACGUGAAAGAUUGGCUAGAAGAGGCAAAAAUGCACGUGCAGCCGUUUCGGAUUGUGUUUCUGCUGGUGGGACACAAGUGUGACUUGGCUUCACGACGUCAGGUGACAAGGGAAGAAGCCGAAAAACUGUCCGCAGACUGUGGCAUGAAGUAUAUAGAAACGUCUGCAAAGGAUGCCACCAAUGUCGAGGAGUCCUUCACGAUCUUGACAAGAGACAUUUAUGAACUUAUUAAAAGGGGGGAAAUUUGUAUUCAAGACGGCUGGGAAGGGGUUAAAAGUGGUUUUGUCCCAAAUACUGUGCAUUCUUCCGAGGAAGCGGUAAAGCCCAGGAAAGAGUGCUUCUGCUGAGUUCAAACAGGCCAAAGAACUCACAUGAACAGGUUGGGUGUCAUCUCAGGAUAAAUGCCAACGUUAACGGCAGAACGGUGCAGCGAAAGCAUUUGAGAAACAGUUUCGAGCCCGUGCUAACGCUCUUUUGUGAGGUAUUUAAUUCAGAGCUAGUCCUAUGCUCACCUGCUACACUACCAGUUGGGUAUUUUGCUCAAUUAUCAGGCAAAGCAGACAACUUCUUCUUGAAACGUGAGUGUCUACAGAAUUACUCCCAUUCUCACUUUGUUAGCAUAUAGCUGACCUGAAUGUCCACGUAUAUCAAUAUUACUCAUUUUUCUUGACAGUUUGAAAUGGGUUUUUUUGUACACAUGUAGUCUGAUCGAAAAGAUUUUAUCUGGCAUUACAUUCUCAUGAGUUAAUUUGUUAAUGCUGAAGAGUGAAGUGGGUUUAAAAGUGCAUUGUUUGCUUACAAAGUCAAUAAUCUCAGAGGCGUCAUCAACUAGGACUAAAGUAACAAUUCCUUGUAGAAGGUACCGCGUUUUUAACCAUUCUUUAAAAUAGCUAUCCUCCCUUAAUUUGCCCAAACAUAAGAAAAUAAGUUUUAUACUCACUUUUGUUCUCUGAUUUAUUGUUCUUGAUAAUUUUAUGUUUUGUAAAGAUAACUAAGGAUCCAAACAAAAUAUUUUAUUGCGAAUAUUUAUAAAAAUAAAAUGAAGGACCAUUCAUCAGCAAAUGUUUUGAUGUUAGAGUAUAUUGUCCUUAUUUAGACAAGAGAAACAAAUUGAUUUAUAUAAUACAGACAUUUUCAGAGAAAGUAAAUGCAGUUUACCUUGAACUAUUGUCAAAAUUAUCAACAUAGGUAAAUAUGGAAUAUUUUUAGUGAUCGCUCUGUCCAAGUAAGUUUCUGAAUUUCCCCAUUUCUUGUACAAGAAAUGUACAGGAAAGAUUUUUGGGCAAGGAAGAUUGGUUAGACGUUCGAUGUAUUUAGCAUUCAAAUUGUAUUUCAGUAAAAUUAAAGAGAGAAUAAUGAGUUAGGGCUAUAAAGUGACUUCUGAGUUUUCUAAUUUUUAACUUAUUGAUUAAAUUAUCCUCCUGGAAUAUUUGAUCACAAAGCCAAAUAUUUUAUAACCUACAUUUCUGUUCUGUUAUGCUUCCCUAAUCACAACGGGGCACCAAAUGCAGCCCCCUUUUUGAAAUCAUGGGUUUUACUGUUAAAAUAGUAGCUCCAUUUGUUUGAAAACCAAAGUGAUAUAGUAGAAAGAAUAUUUAAUGAGAAACCAGAAAACCUGGGUCCUAAGCUUGCCUUUGCUGUACCAGUAAAGCAUGAGUGAGUCACUUACCCUCAUUAAGCAUCAUUGCUCUUAACUGUAAAAUGAGGCUAAUAGCCCCAUUUAUUGUGCUUCAUGGAAUUAUUUUGAGAAUCAAGUGUGUCAUGUGAAAAAGCUUCGUAAAUAGAGAAAGCAUGAUGCAAAUAUGAGUGUUGUAUCAGCGGCUUGCGGGCAUACUAUUAUAUUUACAACGGUUGAGAAUUUUGUUUUCUCAUGUUCUUUCCCCUCGUCCCCACAUUCUGCAGAGGGAGCAGAAAGGUGCAUGCUUUCAGGGACCUGGGGGAUCUCUUGAUUUCAGGUAUGCCCUCUGCCCUCUUGCUCGGAAACACCGCUCCUCCAAGGUGGAAAAGAUAGGGAGGGAAAUCACGGGAGACUUAAUUCAAUCAGAAGUCCUGUUUGAAUGUGGUUUUUGUGCGUCUUUGAAGUAGUUAUUUAAUUAUAUUUUAAAUACUUGUACAUUUUCUAGGUUCAUGGAAGUAUUUUUAAUAGUGCUUAUGGAGAGAAGAAUAUAAAUUGUAACAUCAGUGUAAGAUUGUGAAUAGUUCUGUUGUCAACAUUUUCUUGAUACCCUUGUAUUAAUUUCAAUCGAGUGAGUUCAAACUGUAAUUGAUCAGAUGAGAAUAGCUGUCCCCCCCAAAUGUGAAGUCAUCUGUUUUUACUGCUACAAUUUUAAAUCUUGUAUUACAAUUUUCCAUCAGUCCAAAAUAGCACCAACUCAGAAACUGAGUAUCUAACAACAAUUUAAAGUAUGCCCCCCUGUGCCUACUUGUAAAGAAACAGCUAAGCUAUAAAAUAUGAUUUAACUUUCAGUGGAUGCCCUUUAUAAUACUAACAUUGGGGUAAGACUAAUAUUUGGCCUAGAGGGUAUGAUGUGUUCCAAGAUUUAGAAUAGUGCCAGAGAGUCAUAAGAAACAGAUGAAAAUGCAGGGCCCCCCAAAAUUGAUACUGCACCAAGGUUGCACAAAAGCAGAAGCAAGCCUAGAACUCUGCCUGGUCAGGGUUCUUUCCCAUUACCCUGCUGUGUCAGGGGUGUGUGUGUGUGUGUGUGUGUGUGUGGUAAAGCAAAGGGAAAAUAUGAUCUAGCUGAAUCCACAAAAUACUAAAACUGGGCCAUGGCAUUUUGAGGUUAUAGAAGAGUUGCUUGUGGUGUAACAAUACUAAAAUGAAAAAUAACUACAAAGAUCUGAGUUCUUAUGCAAGAUUGCCAAACGUCUGUAUAACCUUAGCCAGAUAUUUUUAUCCAUGUAUAUAUAUACAUAUAAAAUAACUGACCUAUUUUCUUAUACAUAAUUAUGGAGAAGAUGGAUAAUCACGCCAAAAUAGUAAAAAUAUUUUCUCCAGGCAAAACGUUUUGACUAAGUGUCUUACAAGUCAUAUAUACUUGAAUCAGUUAUAAUUGAAAUUAUUUAAUUUAAAAUUUACUUAAUUUAAAUUUAAACCUACUUAAACUUAAAAUUCAAAACUAAUGGAUGAUGUUGCUAGUUACUAAAUAUUUUAAAUAAAUAUGAUAAAGAAGAAAUGAAAAACUAUCUGAUCAUAUAAUACACUUGUCCCUGACAAACACUUUUCAUCUUGAGUUGCGUUAACACUUUCAGUGCACGUGGUAAAGUGAUGGUUCAUUGAAUGGUAAGCUUAAGCCAAAAUGAUUUUAUAAACAGAAUGCUUUUAAAUGUCGUCUUUCUAUAUGUAAGAGUAGCAAUCAAGAUUUCUUUGAGAGUUUACACUAGGUUUCCAAAAGCCUCCAAGUCCUCCGUGAUUUUUUUUAGUGGCAACCAAAGCAGCCUUUAUUAUUGUUAAGAUAAGUUUCCCAAAUCUAUUUAUCCAACUUUACAGUAUUCAAAAACUGAAUCUAUAGAUUAAUAAAAUCCUUUUAAGAGUGCUUUUGAUUUUAUAUUGCCUUUGUUUCAAUCAAGUACAAAGCUUCCACUGACAUCAAAGAGUGCACUGUAUUUGAAUAAUUUCUUUAGGUCUGACAGUGACAUGGAUUUGGAAGACUAAAGACCCAUUCCGGAAGCUAAUUCAUUUGUUGCCCAGUAACUGCCUGGAGAGAUUAAGCUGGAAAUGCAAAGGAAAUAUGUAAUCUUUAAGGGAAAAAAAAAAGAAGAAGAAGAAAGACUAUAAAAGCUUUAAAGUUAGAUCCUUUGUAUUUUAAUAUAGAAUACAUUCCCAACAAUAAGCUAGCUCUUGGAAAUUCCACAGCUGAUAAAUAGCCAUCUCUGCUACAAAAUUUUUCUAAAUCCCACUGUUUUCACUAAACUUUCCUGAGCAACCAAUCUUCACCUGAUCUUAAGAUAACUAACAAACUUUUCUCCCCAACGUGGACGAACUGCUACGUGACUUGGUAUUCCUAUAAUCCUAAUCACUGAUGAAAGUAGACACAUGAAUGUUGAGCUGUGACAAUCUAUAUCAAUCAUUACAGACUCUGAUUCACUUCCUACGCAUAAUCAUGAUAUAGAAUAAAUGAAGAGAAAAGAAAACUUUUAAAGAUUGUAUUUUAAAUUAGUGCUCCUUAUUGUUACGUCUCUCUGGAAAAUUUUUUUGUUUUUUUUUUAAAUAGUGCCUAAAGCAUUGUCGAUGUGCUCUUUGGUGACUAGUAAUUAAUGAUGAUUAUGUUGAAUUAAUCCUAUUAAAUGUGGAUUCCAUAUACGUGGUUUUAAUUUCUACAUUCCAUGGAGAAACAAACAUGUUUUGCUACAAUCCUCUUGCCAGUUUUUUUUUUUUUUAGAAUGACAGCCAAUGGAAGAAAGACAUGGUAUACAUUUUUUGAAGUAUGUUAUUAGUGUUAUUUGAUUUUAAAUAAUGAAUAAAAAGAAUGAGAACGAGAA